AAUUUAUAUAAUGGUUCUGGAUUGUACGAACGAAGCCAGCCCUCUGCUAGGGCCAUCGGGGGUCAAGAGAAGCAGUUCUGCUCUAACGAAAGUUCCGCUGCAGUCACCGCCGCAUCGAGCUCGCACGGGACUCUGUCACUAUCUUUCAUUGGUGACGGUGGAGCCUGCGCUGUUUCUGCUGGCUAUGGGUUUUUCCAUUGAACUAGUCUUCAAGACCAACAUGCUGGUGGACAAGACGUGUUCUAUCCAGCUCCAGUACUCAUCCGAUGUUUGCCACUCCCUGGACUCCGGCAACUACAAAGCACAGCAAGCCUCCGUGCAGAAGCUCACCGCAAACUACAACAUGUACUGCCAGAUAAUAGAGCUGCUGCCUGGCGCCCUGGUUAUGCUGCUACUGGGCACGUGGAGCGACACGCGCAGCCGUCGCCUGCCACUGCUGCUCCCUCUGGUUGGCUCCACGCUCAAGUCCCUCGGGCUGUGCUGCAACGCCUACUGGUGGUCCCUACAGCCUUUCUAUGUCGCGAUGGCCUACAUUCCCUUUGGCCUCUCUGGAGGAAUGAUGGCAACCUUCAUGGCCUCCUAUGCAUACGUGAGCGAGGACUCCGGCGAGCGGGGACGGACCACACGCCUCUCCCUUGCUGGCAUGGCAUUGUUUGCGGCACUGCCUUUUGGCAACGCUCUUGGAGCAGCACUCUUCUCUCGUGGAGGGUACGUCGCUGUGUUCGGCCUGCAAUUCAUAGCAAACUUUAUUGCUUUCAUAUAUAUCGCGAUCAGACUCAGGGAAGAAAGACCUAAACAAGUUAGCAGGACUGUUACACAGGAAGGGAAGAGCAUAACGCCGCUGAAUCACCUACGGCAAUCACUGGCUACGGUGUUUUGGCGACGGCCAGCGGGCGGGAGGGCGCGCAUCCUGGGCCACAUCUGCUGCAUCUUCCUCUACAUGAUAACCUUCGGAACAAUAAAUUUCAUGGUGCUGUACACUCGAGCCAAGUUCAAGUGGGAUUACAAUCAGUUCACGCCAUGGAUGAUCUGCAACUCUUGUGCCAGCAUCGUAGCGGCUUGUUUGCUGGUGCCACUACUGAGCUUCCGCUGUCACAUUGAUGACACAAUACUGGCCUUCAGUGGGGCGGCCUCCCAUGCUUUCUUUGGAGUGUUGAUUGGUACAGCGACCGAGCCAUGGAUCCUCUAUUUAGCGGUGGUCCUAUCAGCAGGGGGAGGCAUCACCAUCUCCUGUUCCCGUGGUGCUCUCUCCAAAUUGGUGGCGCCAGAUGAACUGGGUGCUGUGUUCUCUGUGGUGGGCAUUCUAGAAUCACUGGCACCCAUCAUCAGUUCAUUGGUCAAUACUCCUAUCUAUAAUGUGACUCUAGAUGUAUUCCCUGGCACUGUGUUCCUCAUCAGUGCUGGCCUCACUCUGGUCAUCUGCUGCAUCUACACAUGGCUGGCGACUGCUUUCCCGGUCCCACCCAGCACUGUUUCUAAAGGGGAACGAGGCUGAAGAAGCACCUGUGCGUGUGCACCCCCAACAGCAUGGUACUUGGAAUGUGUCUUUGUAAAUAGAUUGAGUCUCUAUAGUGACUCAUUUAGAAUACUUGCUUUUAGGAUGUAUCGUGUUACAUAAACUGUUGGUGUCCUCUUUCAUAAUAUAAAAGCAGAUAGUGGACAUGAGUGUGGCAUAUGAGAGUGCAUGAGUACAGCCUCCAUUGGCAUGUGGAGGCAGUGUUGAGAUGUAUGCUAGAAAUUAUGUUAAUUUAUUAAGGGGAGGUUUAUCAUGAAAAAUGGCUGUAUGUAUUUUAUCUCUACACACCAACAAAAUUUUUUAGUCUGAAAUAGGAAGUUAGAAGAAAUUAUAUUUUUUAAGGUAUUUCAUUUUAUUAAUAAAAUUACAAAUAUGUAUAUUUUUUAGGAUCUACUGGGAAAAUGUUUAAGGAAAAUGUCUAACUUACUGUAUUAUGAUUUAAUGAGCUUGCAAUGGUUUCUAAGUGUGAGCAGCAUAACUGUUGAGAAAAUAAACUCCUUCAAUAAUAAUUUAAAAAAAGAAUAUGUGAAAUAAAAUAUAGUCAAGUAAAAGAUAGAAUGUAGAGAUUCAACUAAUGCACCUCACUAACAUUAUCAGCUUUAACAAUUAAUUAUGUAAGUCAUACAGGAAUUAAUUGUUAAAGAAAAAAGAGAUAAAAGAAAUCUGUUUUAUUUUUUAGAGACAGUUGUAGCUUCUACCUCAAAUAGGCUUACCUUCCCCAUUUCCUCCACUGAUGUAUUAUAAUUGUCCACUGUGAGAUGGAAUGAUGUAGCUACAUGUCUUGGAGAGAUAAAUGACAACACUAGAAAAAGGCACAUUUCUAUAUCUUCUAAAAUCAAAAUGAUACAAUUAUAUAAAUUGGAAAUUUCUAUAGCUUUCUCCAAAAAUAUAAAUAAAACAAUAAUUACAUAAAA